CAACAAUUAGCGUUCUUAUAUUGAAUGAAUUAGAAAAUGAAAAUUAUUUAAUUAUUAUUGUUAAUAAUUACUAGUUGAAUAACAAUAACAGUAGUAAUCAUUAUUGUUUUCCAAUAAAAUGUUGAAUAACUCAAUGGAUUAUGAGAAUAUGGAAGAGAACUUAUCAAAUACAUCCAAUUAUUUUCCACAUUGUAACCAACGUACGGAAAUAAAAACUCAUGAUAGUACAUUGAGAAAUAUUCACACAGACAAUGAGAAUACAGUCAUGACAAAAGUAUCAAAACAAUUACAUUUUUCAAUAGAUGCCUUGUUAGAUGAUGACGAUAUUGAUGGUAGUGCUAAUAAUGACGAUGGUGGCAAUGAUAAUGAUGAUGAUGACGAAGACGACGACGACGAUGCUGCUGAUGAUGAUGACGACGAUGAUGGGGAUAACGAAAAUAUCGACAAUGAUAGUUGCAAUCAUUGUUGCUAUCUGGAUAAUUCUGACAAAAAUAACUCAGGGCUCAAAAAUUCUAUUCAUCCAGAAAUUGAUGAUGAUGAUGAUGAUAAUAAUAAUAAUUGUAACAUUAGUAACAGUGAUAAUAAUAAUAAUAAUAAUAAUAACCAUCAUAACAACAGAACCACCUCGUUAUUCAAUGAAACUAAAGUUAAUGGUAAAAAAUCACAUGGGAAAUCUAAUCAUGAUAAUGGAAGUGAAGAAAAGUUUACUAAUAAACUUAAAAAGCAUCAUGAUGUUAAAUCAUCAAGAAUAAAUCAAAAUAAUAAAAUUUCUACAAGUUUAUCAUCCUAUAAUUAUUCAAGUAAAGAUACUACUGGCAAUCAUAUAAAUAGUAGUAAUCAUAUAGAUAAUGAAAUAAAUCAUAAUCAAAUGUCUUAUUUUAAGAAGCAUAACUUUUUUAAUUCAUUACAUGAAUUAUCAUUUAAUGAUUAUUUAACAUUUAGUAAUAGUGCCAUUGGAUCUCGAUCUAUCCCACAAAAGUGUACAUUACGUAAGCAUAAACCAAAUCGUCGACCAAGAACUCCAUUUACAACUCAACAGUUAUUAGCAUUAGAAAGAAAAUUUCGUCAAAAACAAUAUUUAUCUAUUGCAGAGAGGGCAGAAUUUUCAAAUAAACUAACAUUGACUGAAACACAAGUGAAAAUAUGGUUUCAAAAUCGUCGAGCAAAAGCUAAACGUUUGCAAGAGGUUGAAACUGGCAAAUAUCAUUUAUCACCAAAUGAAAAUUUAGAAACAGUUUUAAUUGCAGCCAUGUCAUCAGCAAAUCAAGCAUCACAAUUAGAUACUACAAGUAGUAAUAGUAAUAAUAAUAAUAGUGAUAAAAAUUAUACAGGACCUAUGGAUAUGAUAACUCAUGAUAUGACAUCAUUUCAUACUGUUCCAGUAUCACCACCACUUCCUAUCUCAUCAACAUCGGUUAUUUCAACUCCUUUAUCACUUCAGUCAAAAUUUCCCUUUCAUCCUGUAUCCACUUCUCGAAUUCCAUUAUCUUCUAACACACCAAAUUCAUCGCAUCAAUAUUUAUGUUCAUGUAUUUCCCCGAAUCACCAGUGUUCAUACAAAUCUACAGAAAUAACUAGAGAUAAUCUUUUACAUCCUCCUACGACUUGCAUCCUUUCAUCUUUACCAAAUUUAUCAUCACCAUUAUCCGCAGAUCAUUUAUACACACAUAAUCACCCUAACGUCAAUAAUAAUAAUAAUAAUAAUAAUAAUAAUAAUAAUAAUAAUAAUAAUAAUAAUAAUAAUAAUAAUGGCAAAGUACAUUCAAAUUAUGACUGUGACCAAAUUUCAUUCAAUCCCAAUAAACCAAAGUUAUCAUCAAUUAAAAACUUUUCACCUGAUAACUUUCAACAUCAACUACAAAGUAUAGAUACAGUAAAUUCUAAACAUUUUCCCAUAGCAACUGUUAGUAAUAAUAAUAAUAAUACACCUCUUUUAUCCUUUACUAAAAGUCAUCCUAAUAAAAAUAUCCCUUCUAAUGAUAUGAUUACUACUAAUUGUGCUAAUAAGAACAAUAUGAAUGGUACAAUACUACAUAAAACAUCAAAGCAUACAAUAUCUUAUUUUUCAAAUGGUCAACGAAUUGACAAUCAACAUGAUAGUUAUAGUAAACAUAUUAGGAAUGAUGAUGGCACCAAUAAUAAUAAUGAUAAAGAUAAUUUAAUGAAUAUGAAAUAUGAUUCUAUGCUUGAUUUUCAAUCUAUACUUAAUAAUCUUCAAUCUAAUUCAUCAAAUGGGAUAAAUAAUUUGAAAACAAUUGAAACAUUGAGUGAUCCAUUAUCAUUAUUAUAUGCAGCUAAUCAUUAUUAUCAACAAUAUAAUCAGAGUAAAGAAACCGAUCAUAAUUAUUCAAUUGAUUUAAACAAUAAUCAUAAUUCAAAUAACCCAAAACCGUUGUUACACCCCGUUAUGAACGCUGCUGAUCCCAGUAGAGUUAAUACAAUGUUAGAUUGUAUAUCGAAAAACGAUUCUCAUUUAUAUCAGUCAAUAUUGACAAAUGAAUUAGCAGGAUCAAUUUCAUCCUCUCUUUCAUCAAUGACAUCUUCAUUACCAGUUGUAUCAUCAACAUCAAUUUCUUGUUGUACUUCAACUUCCACUUCUUCAUCAUUAUCAACAUUUCCAUCUAUAUCAGGAGAUAAAGAGAAAUUGGCACAAGAUCUUGUCAAUAUGUUUUACUGUUCAACAUUCAAUUCUUUUGGCCAACAACAAUCAAUUUCACCGUCUACAUCCUCCUCAUCAUCAUUAAUACAAACAUUUAAUCAACAGAAUAUGAAUGAUUUCAAUUCUUUUUUAUUAAAACGACUAUUUUCAGAUAAUCUUUUUAAUCAAACAAUGAAUUUAUCAAAUUCUCUAUUAAAUUCAUCAACAUUUUCAAAAUUUAUUCCUUCUGCAAUGCAAUUAUCAACAUUGAUGAAUUCUUUAGGUAACCUUAAUUCAACUCAACCAUUAAAUAAUUUAACAUCUACAUUAUUUCCCUUGUCUACCAAUCCAUCAGUAGUGUUUUCUUCACAAAAUUCUGAUGCAACUAUUUCAACAACUGAAUUAUCUUCAUAUAUACCAUGUACAACAUCAUUAAUAUUAUCGGAAUUUCAAAAGGAUACUGUUGAACAACAUUUUAAACAAAAUACUAAUAGUAUUAAUGAUAAUCAUAAUAAUUAUAAUAAUGAUACACUUAUUCCAAUCUGAAAUGAUUCUACUACUGUUAUUUCUGAUACAAUUCACUUAUUUCCAGG